CUCUCCCAGCCGGGUGCUGGGGGCCCAUGAGUACCAUGGGGCGUGCUCUGGGCUGAAGCCGGGUGUCGGGCCACCGCUGUUUCUGCCACUGUCACUGCUGCGCCAGCUCUGGUGAGGACGACACGGGGUAGCCUUCUGUGAGCGGCCUGCCAUCUCAAAGCCUAGCUCUGAGCCAGUGUGGCGGGGGCUCUGUGCCCCCCUGCCCGCAUGGAAGACGGGAGCUGGGCUCCCAGAAGGUGGCCCUGCCCGCCUGGGAUCGUGCUGCUGGCCUUGGCUUCUGUCCUCAGCAGCCUGCUCCCCUCUGGCCAGGCCAGGGUCUACAGUCGCUGCGAGCUGGCCAGAGUGCUUCAGGAUUUCGGCCUGGAGGGAUACCGGGGCUACAGCUUGGCUGACUGGAUCUGUCUUGCUUACUUCGCAAGUGGCUUCAACACAGGUGCCGUGGACCAUGAAGCCGAUGGAAGUACCAACAGUGGCAUCUUCCAGAUCAACAGCCGAAAGUGGUGCAAAAAUCUCAACCCUAAUGUCCCAAACUUGUGCCAGAUGUACUGCUCCGACUUAUUGAAUCCCAACCUCAAGGAUACUGUUAUCUGUGCCAUGAAGAUAACUCAAGAACCCCAGGGUCUGGGCAGCUGGGAGGCAUGGAGGCAUCACUGCCAGGGCAAAGACCUCAGUGACUGGGUGGAUGGCUGUGAGCUGUAGGAUUCUCUCUGGAUGGACGGGCAGAGAGGAUGGAUGGCAGCUUGGGAGACGUUGCCUGGUUCCUGACCCAGGCCUGGGAA